AUGGCCGCAAUGCUCCACUUGCAAGUGCGUGAUGUGGUGUUGGGUAAACCUCGGGUGGCUGCUCAGCGUGAGAGGAGAACGUCGGAACGAGGGACGAGCAGGAUGUCGGAUAGCGGAUUUGCUUUCCUCUUGCUGACAGCUGGAGUCGAGCCGCGUAGCCGCAAAGACAGGGUAGGAGUGCGCUACGGACAAUCUGAGCGGGACGUUCCAAGGGUUGCGGCUCGCAAUCUAGGCGUUACUGGCGCGCUGCUUGCUGAACGGUGGGGCAGAAGCACGAUGCAGGAGAGAGAGAGAUUGAAAGGAAACGUUCGUGUGUGCAUCGAUAAACUAGAGUUGCUGGGUGCUCGACUGUUCGUGUUUGGUGCGCGUACUGUAUCGCCACAUUAUUCGCACUAG